AUGUCAGCUACCUCCAUAAAUGGUUUUUGCUUGUUUGCACAAGAAUUGCAAAUCAAAAUAGCAGGACGUAGAUAUUGCUGUCAGGACGAUAUAAUUUCACCUUAUUUGGUCCGUAUCGUGACACCACUAUGGGAACGACUUACUAGUGAAGAAAAAAAGGUAUGGAAAGAUCGGGCAAAAAUGAAACGUCAUAUCGAGGAGUAUUUCGCUUUAAUGCAUCAGCCAAGAAUGCUGGUAAAACGAAAGAAACGCGAACAUGAGAUGAAAGAUGCAAAGACUGAAGCUGGGAACAGAGCAAAAAAUGAGAAGCUUAAUGAAUUUGAUGAAAAUGAUUAUCCGGAAGAUUCAAUGAUCGGUGUACCGUUAAAUCAAAAAGAUUAUGAUUCAGAAGCAAAUGGUAUCAGUCGGAGUACUUACCAAGAGAAAUACGAAAAAGACAAAAAACGAGUGCUUGUAUUUCUGCGCACUCUUAAUGGAUUGGAUGAAAUUCGACGAGCUCGAUUUUUGUUUAUUUCGGUGCAAACAUAUGGUAACGUAGAUGGCAUAUGCAUUCCUGCUGAAAUCGCGAUCUGUGAAUUCAAUCUGAAGCACGGCAUUAUUGAUAAGUACACGUCGAUAAUUGGACCGUGGCGUUUGAACAAUGAGAUACAACGACGAAGAGCUGAAUUUCAUGCAAAUGAAACACAUCAAAUCCAUUUAGACAUGUUUGGUGGAAGAACUUUCAAAGUUCCAACUCAAAACUCGUGUUUGAAAGAAAUUUUGGGUCGCUGUGAACCAACCAUUGCUCAUUAUCAAGGCGUUUUUGUUGGAUUAUAUCGUGAUGGAAUUGCUGAAUUCGACAGUGACGUGGAACAACAGGCUCUGGUAGUCCCUUACAAUUGUAGUAAUGGUAACUACACCCACAAUCGAAAACGGCCUCAAGGCGGUAUUGUCAGCAGUGGUAACGGUUGCAGCAGUCGAACAUACACAGCAUAUCACAGCAAAGAAAGACGAGGAAAGUUCACCAGAGGAUAUGCUGACAGUCAUUAUUAUGGAUCCAAAUGUCCACAGCAAACACAACCAAUUUUUGUGGCUAACAAAGAAGGACGCCGUUGGUUGGUUUGCUUGAAUCACGAGUACGAAAAAGUACGCGCAAGUCUGGAAUAUCUUAAAAAAGCGCAGAGACUUUCCUACGAUGUUCCAGGUUUUCCGACAACAGAAGAUCGCUUCUGGUAUGCUGAUGCUGUGGUUGAUGCUCUUGCCGAAUACGCUAACGGUACACCUAAUUUGGAAUACAAGUUAUGGAUGGAUAUUUUUGGAAAAAGACAGCCAUUUGAGUUUAACACUCCAUGGGAGCGUCGGGCCAAUGUAUUUUGUCAAACACAUAGUGUGACACGAAACUGUUGCUGCGCUUCUGCAACUGCCAUUCGAAGCUGUUUUGCAAUGUUUUUUGCACUUCGUGAACUUUUGGAUCUAACUCUGGUUGAGUAA